AUGGAGAAGAGUAGCGAAACCAACGGCUACCUGGACGGCGCCCAGACGGGGCCUGCAGCAGGGCCUGGCGCGCCCGGGUCCGCGGUGGGACACGCGCGGCGCUGCGCGGGCUUCCUACGGCGGCACGCGCUGGUGCUGUUCACCGUGUCGGGAGUGGUGGCGGGCGCCGGCCUGGGCGCGGCGCUGCGCGGGCUUGGCCUCACCCGCACGCAGGUCGCCUACCUGUCCUUCCCCGGCGAGAUGCUGCUCCGCAUGCUGCGCAUGAUCAUCCUGCCGCUGGUAGUCUGCAGCCUGGUGUCGGGCGCCGCCUCCCUCGACGCCAGCUCUCUCGGGCGCCUGGGCGGCAUCGCCAUCGCCUACUUCGGCCUCACCACGCUUGGCGCCUCGGCGCUCGCUGUCGCUUUGGCCUUCAUCAUCAAGCCUGGGUCUGGCGCGCAGACCCUCCAGUCCAGUGACCUGGGGCUGGAGGAGUCGGGGUCCCCUCCGGUCCCCAAAGAGACAGUGGACUCUUUCCUCGACCUGGCCAGAAACCUGUUUCCCUCAAAUCUUGUGGUUGCCGCUUUCCGUACGUAUGCAACUGAUUAUAGAGAGGUGACCCACAACACGAGCUCUGGAAAUGUAACCCAUGAGAAGAUUCCCAUUGGCACCGAGAUCGAAGGGAUGAACAUUUUAGGAUUGGUCCUCUUUGCCCUAGUGUUAGGAGUGGCCCUAAGGAAACUCGGCUCUGAAGGAGAAGAGCUCAUCCGUUUCUUUAAUGCCUUCAAUGAGGCAACAAUGGUGCUGGUGUCGUGGAUUAUGUGGUAUGUACCCGUGGGCAUCAUGUUCCUGGUUGGAAGCAAGAUUUUGGAAAUGAAGGACAUCAUCGUGCUGGUGACCAGCCUUGGAAAAUAUAUCUUCACAUCUAUAUUGGGCCAUUUUAUUCAUGGAGGAAUUGUUCUGCCACUUAUUUAUUUUGUUUUCACACGAAAAAACCCAUUCAGCUUCCUCCUGGGCCUCGUCACGCCAUUUGCAACAGCGUUUGCCACCUGCUCUAGCUCAGCAACCCUUCCCUCCAUGAUGAAGUGCAUUGAGGAGAACAACGGUGUGGACAAGAGGGUCAGCAGGUUCAUCCUCCCCAUCGGGGCCACUGUGAACAUGGACGGGGCAGCCAUCUUCCAGUGUGUGGCCGCGGUGUUCAUUGCCCAGCUCAACAACAUUGAGCUCAAAGCAGGACAGAUUUUCACGAUUCUAGUGACAGCCACAGCAUCCAGUGUCGGCGCGGCCGGCGUGCCAGCUGGAGGGGUCCUCACCAUCGCCAUUAUCCUGGAGGCCAUCGGGCUGCCCACUCAUGACCUUUCUCUGAUCCUGGCUGUGGACUGGAUUGUGGACCGCACCACCACCGUGGUGAACGUGGAAGGGGACGCGCUGGGUGCGGGCAUUCUCCACCACCUCAAUCAGAAGACCAUGAAGAAAGGGGAGCAGGAGCUGAGCGAAGUGAAGGUGGAGGCCGUCCCCAACUGCAGAUCGGAGGAGGAGACGUCGCCCCUGGUGACGCACCAGAACCCCGCUGGCCCCGCAGUCAGCGCCCCCGAACUGGAAUCCAAGGAGUCGGUUCUGUGAGGGGGCUGGCUCCGGGCUGGCCCCCCCGGGCGGUAGCGCCCCGCCGUGGGAGGGCGGCUAGCCGGCGUGGGCACCGUGCUCACCGACUCUUAGCCCUAAGUGAUGCUUUGGCCCAGUCACCAGUUCGAGGAUUGCGUCUCCGUGCAGGCAUUGGGCUUCCCAGCAGGAACUGGUUCCCGGAGACCAGGACGCUCUGCCAUAUGGCUUGAUCCAUGUCCAGGUGCAACUGCGUGUGCUUCGGAAGCCCGUCCUGGAGCUGCGGUGUGGGCUCCCAGGGACCGGGUGGGUUAGCGCUUGGAACAACGCACAUGUGCCCUUCACUGCGCGCGGGGGCUUUCUGGGCAGACGUAGGGGGCUUACAGUCCUCUGUCACGCUGCCUCGUGAGCCAGAGUA